AUGCGUGAGGACACCCCAAAUUUCAGCUCUUCCAUUGCUCCUGCAGAGCCGACAGAAUCUCCCAGUAUUCCAAGCAGGAAUGCCUCGGUGACACCAGAUCCUGGAGCGCUCCGCUUGGCUGGUGGCAGGAGCCGGUGCGAGGGCCGCGUGGAGCUGGAAAAACAGGGAAUAUGGGGGACAGUGUGCGACGAUGGAUGGGACAUUCCCGAUGCUGAUGUUGUGUGCCGGCAGCUCCGGUGCGGCCACGCUGUGAGUGUCCGUGGGAAUUCUGCCUUUGGCCGUGGGCACGGCCCCAUCCUCCGGGACGAGCUGGGAUGUCGAGGGCACGAGAGGCAUCUCUGGGAAUGCCCGGCCGCACUGGAGCACGACUGCAGCCACAAAGAAGACGCUGGCGUGGUUUGCUCAGAACACCAGGAGUGGCGGCUCUCCGGAGGCUGGGAUGGCUGUGCUGGCAGGUUGGAGGUGUUUUUCCGUGGCACUUGGAGCACAGUGUGCGACAGCACCUGGUACGGGCCAGAAUCGGCGGUGCUGUGCCACAGUCUGGGAUGUGGGAUGCCGCUCAAGAAGCUCUCCUUCAGACACACGCUUCCCGGGAAGAUGCUGUACGAGUGUGGGAGCCUCCAGACUUCCCUGGCAUUCUGCCGCUGGACCUUCAACAGAUCUGCUCCCUGCCACCAAUCUCGGGCCGUCGGGGUGGUCUGCAAUGGCUCGCAGGGUUUGCUGGAUCCAACACCCACGGUUGCAGUGACAACCAGGGAUGUCACUGUCCUGCGGGCAGAGGAAGGGUCUCCAACUGUAGGGACACAAUUCCCGUGGGAUAGUCCCCUCUUCAUCCUGUGCCUGGUGCUGGGAAUGCUACUCCUGCUCUCCGUGCUGGCCUUUUCCAUCUCUCUGCUGAGGCUGAGGAAGAGGAGCACCAUGGGAAUAACCACUCCAGUCCUGGUGACCCACAGCUCCCAGAGCCCUGACGUGCCCUCCGGGAUUCCCAAUGACUACAGGGAGAUUCCCACCAACCUUCCCAAAGGAUCAGACCCACCAGGCACAGCCCUUUCCAAGGAUUCCACCUCCGAUUCCGACUCAGAAUACUACGAGUUCAGCAGCAAACCGCCUGUUGCCCUCUCCACCUUUUACAACUCGCUGCGCCGGCAUCCCAGGGAGCAGCUGCUCCCACCGAAGCCCAGCCAGGACAGGAUGCAGCCAUUCCCUGAGGAUGCACCUGCCAGGAUGGGCCCCCCAUUCCCUGGGAGGAAGAACAGCUUCUCCAGCUCCUCCUCAUCCUCAGCUACGGAUCCCUGUUGGAAUGGCAACGUCCCCUCCCAGCACAGCUGGGGCACAGCAGCUCCCAGCGUUCCCACCCCAGUGGCCUCCCCGCUCUGGGUACCUCCGUGUCCAGCAGAUCCCGAUCCCGCUGGCAGCUCCAGCACCUCCUCAGGGGAGUGGUAUGAGAAUGUUCCAGGCAUGGAGCCCUCUGGAGACCCUUCCCAACAUCCCAGCUGGAUGGAUCCCGCGGGACAGGAUCCCAAUUUCUCCGAGGGCAGUGACUACGAUGACAUCCAGGGAGCCUCCUACUGAGCCUUUCCCGCUGCU